GGAGAAGAUGAUGGUGGGAAAUGACUGAGGCAUCUGAACUCCGGUAAGCUCUGCUUCCGUACGGUUUCUUCUUCUUUGAUCGGAGCUCACUGAAACGACAUCGUUUCGAUGUGGAAACCAGGCUUAUUCUAGUUGCCACCACCGUUUCUUCGUCGGCUUCGUGUUCGGUGGACUGUGAAAACCGAAGCGUUUCGAGAGAAUUUGGAGCUUGAAUUCGUAAUUUUGAGGUGGAUUGUUGAGUGAAUGUUAGACAGAUGAGCUGAGUUUUCAUGAUAUUGCAUUAUGGGUCCUGAUUUAUCCCCAGAAGUGAAAGCAGAAUUUACAAGGGAAAUUUCUCCUAGUAAGGAGAAGGAGAAUGGUCCUGAUUUGAAAUCAGAAUUUAAUAUGGAAGUUUCACCUGGUAAGGAGGAGAAUGGUCCUAAUUUAUCCCCAGAAGUGAAAUCAGAAUUUGCUGUUGAAGUUUUGCCUGCUAUGGAGAAGCAGAAUGGGAGUGUCCAGGAAGACCAACUAGAUGAUAAUAAGCUUUUAAGUUGUGCAAGUAAUUAUGAGGACAAUACCUUUGACAUGGAAGGGCUAUCCGAAGAACAGAUUAUAGCACAGAAUGGAAGUGAAGAUAUGGAAAUUAAUGUAACUGACUGCACAAAUUCUGAUGACAUUGAGCUGGUUGAAGCUCAAUACCAGAAUGAUGAAACAGAGAGCUCAAGUUCUUUUGGCAACACGGAUGAUGAUGAUGGUGGUGGUUCAAUUAUGAGUGAUGCUGAAGUGGAUUCACAGUUCCAUCAUGGCAAUAUGUCAGAUGGCCGUAGUGAAGCAUUUCGAGUAAGGAAGAAAAAACUAACAGAUCAUUGGAGGAAUUAUAUACGUCCUCUUAUGUGGCGAUGUAAAUGGGCAGAACUUAAAAUGAAGGAAUUCCAGUCUCAAGCAUUAAAAUAUGACAGAGAACUUGCAAAAUAUGAUAAGAGAAAGCAGUUUGAAUUAGAAAAGUUCAAUUCAGAAGGUUUGGGUGCAAAGUCACUACCAUUUCCCAAUGAAGUUCGAACAAACAAAAUCAUGAAGAGGAAGAAAAGAAAAAGAGUUGAAGACACAGUUGAUGUAGCAUCAUAUAUGUCACAUCAUAACCUGUUCUCAUAUUAUGAAAAUAAGAGUUCUGUUGGUGAAGGUGCUUCUCUAAUUGAUGAUUGUGGUAAUCUAGGAGUGGUUUCUGCAAGUAAGAUUACCAAUGACAAUGAUGAGUUCGGGUUUCAUGAUGGAUGGUCGUCUCUUGAGUUCAGAGGCAAUGAUAAUUCCUUGGAAGAGAUCCUUUGGAAGAUUGAAAAGGCAAAAUUGCAAGUAAACAAGUUAAAAACCCGAAUGGACAAGGUGGUGAAUGAAAAUGCUGGAAAAUACUCUUCCAUAAAUAAGUUGAUGCUUGUACCAUGUAAUGCAUCAACUAGUUCUGCUCGAAAUCCUACUUCUCCGAGCAAUGGUAAUAGAAUGCCAGUUGGAUCUUUAUAUGCUGCAUCUCAGCAUGUAUCUGACUGUAAUAUGGGAGAUCUGGGUAUGCCUGAAACUGCAGCUUCAAGUCAUGGAGAGGCGAUCCCUGUUCCAGAUAUAAUUGAAAGCACAGAACAGCAUCAGACUGAAGAAGUCCUCAUACAUAAUCAAGUGGCCAAGGAAGAGUUAAAUAAUUUUCAUGGAGUUAAAGUUGAUCCCACAGAAAAGCCUCUGGUACCGAAGGAAGAGCAGGAGAGCACCAUUCCUCCAGUCCUGGCUUCAGAAGUUGACCCAUCCACAAGUACAUUAAUUCCCCAUGUUCAAUCAACAGAAAAAUCACCUUCGACUUCCAAGGUUAAUGUCCGCACAAACAAGAGAAAGCAAGGUAGGCGCAAAGCUAAAUCAGGCAGGUGGAAUCGCAGAUCCACCAGCUAGCAAGAUAACAAGUUAGUCAAAGUAUUUAUUUCUUUCUGAUGUUUGAUGUUAGAGGAGCUACAGCUUUUAUGCGCGGAGGAUGUCAAUUACUUCUACUGCAUUUUACUUUUGUACAUGCUACUUCUGCAGCCGUGCAAGUUUGUACAUGCUACGUACUCGGCCUGGUCUCUCCCUCCCUCUCUCUGAUUUGUACAUGAUGUCAUCUGCUUCUAUGCUCCAUGUGGAGCACCCUCAGUAUCAGUUUUCUUAGGAUUGCUUUGGAUUAUAAGAGGGAAAAUUCUAUUCUCUAGAAUAAAAAUAAUAGGAACUCAAGUUUUCUCAGACUUGAGAAUGAUGCUUAAGUUGUAGUGCUUAUUGGAUUGCUAUGCAAAUCAAAUGAACCGAUUUAAUUUUUGCAGGA